UUCAUUCGAAACUCGAUUCCGUACUUGUUUACUCAAUCAGAUAAUAGUUUUUACUCCAUAAGCAAUUAUUGUUGAAUUUUUUACCCAAACUAAAAUGAUGAAGUGAUAUGAAGGCAAAUCCAUCAACAUAUCUCUUUGGAUAUCUUUUUACUAUUUAUAUUUGAUUAAUACUGACCUGCCGGGCGUUGCCCGUAACACUUCUUCCGAAUUAUUAAUAUUAGAUGUUAAUCGAAAAUCGUCUUUCUACCUCUCGUCUUACUAUAUUUUACCCUCGCUCGAUUUUAUAAGUGGAAUUUUACGGGAUAUGUUAUUGUUACGAGAGAGACAAUACCCAUCUUUGAGAGAGCUUUGUUCUGCUUAACUGCACCUUCCAACUGUUUGAUGAAAUGCCUCAAAGAAAAAACACAAUACAUGAUCAUUCAAGGAUGAUUUGUUUUUCCAAUUGUGAAAGUUAAGUACUCGUAUGCAUUGAUCUUUUGGUGGAGAGUGUGUGAUGUCUCAGCUGAAAGUUGUCUCAUUUAUCAGCAAGAUUUUGAGUAGGAAAUUACAUUCCCAAAAUUGCAUUUUUCAUCAAAAUAUAAGGCGAAAUUCAGUAGCAUCAACACAUAUUCAUGAACAUUGCAUAAAAUACGUAUUUGCUACGAGGGGAUCAUUAAUCUUGAACACAAGUUCAAGAUUUUGUCUAGCAUCAUUCUUGUCCUUUCAGCGGUUUUAUUGUGCUGAAAAUUCUGCAUUUUCGUCGUUGGAGGAAACAACGGAAAGCUGUAGCAAUGAUCCUGUUGAUAACGUUUACAAGGUUGUGGUGGAUCAUGCUAAUCCUGGGCAUAAGAUGGAGGUAGCUCUGGAUAAGCUUGAAAUAGAAUUAACUACGCCGUUGGUGGUGGAGGUCUUGCAAAAGCUUUGUUAUGAAGAGAAGUUAGCAUUUAGGUUCUUUACGUGGGCAGGACAUCGAGAAAAUUAUAGUCACGAGCCUCAGGCGUAUAAUGAGAUGAUUGAUAUAUUGUCUAGUACAAAAUAUAAGGUGAAGCAGUUUCGUGUUGUUUGUGAUCUUCUAGAUUAUAUGAAGAGAAAUGAUAAGAGUUUGGUUCCUUUAGAAGUGUUGUUGAAAAUUCUUAGACAGUAUACUGAAAAGCAUUUGACACAUCUUCACAAAUUUGCUAAGAAGAAGAAGAUACGAGUGAAGACACAACCCGAAGUAUAUGCCUUUAAUUUGUUGUUGGAUGCUUUGUGCAAGUGUUGUCUUGUUGAGGAAGCUGAGUCUCUGUUUACGCGGGUGAAGAGUAAGGUUAAGCCAACUGCUGAUACUUAUAACAUUCUUUUCUUCGGUUGGUGUCGUGUUAGAAAUCCAGGUAGAGCUAUGAGCGUUCUUGAUCAGAUGAUCAACAUAGGACAUAAACCCGAUAACUUCACCUAUAAUACUGCCAUUGAGACGUUUUGCAACGCAGGAAUGGUGAUGCAGGCUGCUGACCUUCUCGAGUUCAUGAGAACUAAAGGUUCAACCAUGUCUUCUCCCACAGCAAAAACUUAUACAAUUAUGAUCGUGGCUCUUGUUCAGAAUGAUAUGAUGGUAGAAUAUUCUAAAGUUCUCGGAGAUAUGCUAAAUAGUGGAUGUGUUCCUGAUGUUUCGACAUACAAGGAAUUGAUUGAAGGUAUGUGUUUGGCUGGAAAGACCGAGGCAGCUUAUAAGCUUUUAGAAGAAAUGGGAAACAAGGGUUACCCUGCUGAUAUAGUUACUUACAACUGUUUUCUUAAGGUCCUAUGUGACAACAAAGACAGAGACGAAGCGCUUAGGCUUUAUCAGAAAAUGACGGAGGUAGGCUGUGUUCCCAGCGUACAGACCUAUAAUAUGCUAAUUGUAAUGUUCUUUAGAAUGGGUGAUGUCGAUGGAGCCUUUGAGACCUGGCACGAGAUGUCUAAGAGGGGUUGUACGCGUGUUACAGAAACAUAUUGUGUGAUGAUUGAAGGACUUUUUGAUAACAAUGCUACUGAAGAAGCAUGUUUCCUUUUGGAAGAAGCUGUCAACAGGGGUAUGAAACUGCCAUACCGCAAAUUUGACUCAUUUUUAAUGCGACUUUCAGCCAUUGGUGAUCUACGAGCCAUUCAUAAACUGUCAGAGCACAUGAGAACAUUCUACAACCCAGCUAUGGCACGACGUUUUGCCAUCAAUCAGAAGCAGAAGAGCAUGAAGUUAAGAGGUAAGUGAAAAUGACUUGUGUUGUCUAUUUGGCCCAACGUUUGGAUGGUGUGUUUCUUUGUAUGCAUUUUGUUCGUGUCGUUAAACAGAUUAAUAGAGAGUGACUAGCGGACGUUUUUUAUACUUCACCCGGUCUUUAGUAGCCUUUCUGAAGUCAACCUAACCGCUUGCCUUUGGGAAGACCACUUGUACCAGUUUUGGGAUUGAAAUCACAUUUGGAAAAGAUUAACUUAUGUAUACUAAAGGGUGAAGAUUUUUUACAUCUAUUAGUGUAAAUAUUUCUUAUUUUUUCA